UCCUUAUUCAACCUUCAAACAACCCUAAUAUACGGAUAUAAUGUCUGGCAAGGGAAAAGCUGGCAAGUCUGCAUCUGGUAAAACCGGUGGUGACAGCAAGACGCAAUCGCGUUCUGCCAAAGCAGGACUCCAAUUCCCUGUCGGUCGUAUCCAUCGACUCUUGAAGCGUGGCAACUACGCUCAGCGUGUCGGUGCCGGUGCACCAGUGUACCUUGCUGCCGUGUUGGAAUACCUUGCCGCUGAGAUUCUCGAGUUGGCAGGUAAUGCUGCUCGUGAUAACAAGAAGCAGCGUAUCGUGCCACGUCACUUGCAACUCGCCAUUCGUAACGAUGAGGAGCUGAACAAGCUGCUCGGAAAUGUUGUCAUCAGCCAGGGUGGUGUCGUACCGUUCAUCAACCCAGAGCUCCUACCCAACAAGAGUGCGAAAGGAAAGAAGGAAGGCGCUUCUCAGGAAGUCUAAGAAGUUUUCUUUCCCCUUCCUCAUACUUUAUGUUAUGCAUUUAUGUUCUAUUUAUGUAUGAGACCUGUACUAUGUAUUGUAUGCUUAUAAUCUCUUUACUAUCCAAGCCUACAUGGUAUUCAGCGGUCAACGUUGAUAACCAUUUUACG